CCGGAAUCCGCGUGGCCGGCCCGACCAGUUCCGACCAGUUCCGACCAGUUCGUUAUCAGCGCGUCCCAGGCAAACCCCCCGCGGCAGCCGGGGAUGUUCCGGGCCGGGGGAAGGUACACACGGUGGCUGGUUUACUACGGUGCUUUGGGAAUUCCAUUGUAAAGGGCAUAAGUUAAAAAAGAAAAAAAAAGUUGAAAAAAAAGUUCACCCAGCGUUCACAAUGAGGAAGACUAAGGGAAGACUAAGCCUUCAUCCCACGACCACCAGAAGGCGGAAAAAGACCUCCUAGCAACUGAAGGAGCAAGCGCAGAAGACAGAUCACGUCAUCCCUAAACCCGGAGAAAAGGCAAUAAAAGGUGGACUCAGGGCACAGGAAUUUUGCGAGCCAAAGCGGAGCGGAGACUCCGGGCGGCCCGGCGCUGUCCUCGCUUAUUCUUGCUUGCAAAAAUAAUAAAGAUAAUUACAUGAUCCUUAAAUUCAGUCACCUUGUUUAUCACACGGUGCCAGGAGGUGACAGACGGACAGACGGACACGCUGGGAGGUGACAGCAGGGUCACCCGGCAUGGCAGCAGAGCGGAUCCCGCAGCUCCGGGGGCCGGAGCGGCCCUCGGGAAGGAUGUUCCCCGCGCCGGGAUGCAGGAGGGGCUUCCCCAGGGAGCCCGCCCCGUGGUGGGAUGGGCCAUGGCCCCGUCCCCCUGCCGGCCCCGAGGACACCUGGGACGAGCCACCCUGGGACGAGCCACCCUGGGAUGGGCCACCGUGUGAUGGACCACCCCAGGAUGGGCCACCCUGGAAUGAGCCACCCUCGGAUGGGCCACCCCGGGAUGGGCCACCCUGGGAGCACCAGCCCAGGAGAUGGCGGCGCAGGAGGCACCCGCCCAGUCCCAGAGCCCCCAGACCCUUCCCUGGCCCUGGGGACGCCCCGUGGAAGGAGGAGGAGGAGGACAGGAGGUGGGCACCCCGUGACUGUCCCCAGCCACCCCCCUGGGACGACAGGGAGCCCAUCCCAGGCCCUGAGGAUGACUUUGGAGAGUGCUGGUACCAGGAUCCACCGCCUGACCCCUGGCCCGAAUACCCCGAGGAGGAGAAGCCCCCGCCCUGGCCCCCCGCCCGCCCUGCAGGGAAUUUGGGGACAUUCCGUGAGCACCGCCCGCCCUGGAGCCACCGCCCGGCUGCCAGACCGCGGGGCCACCUCCGCCAGCUGAUCCUGGUGCCCCGGGCGUGGUGUCCCCGACCCCCCCGAGGGCACAAGCCACACUCCAAGCCCUCCUGUCCUGCCCCUUCCAAGAGGAGCCAGCCCGAGGCCAGGAAGGAGCCGCAGCCCCCGGAGCCCCCCCAGCCCCCUGCUCCUCCCCAAGGUGCUGCAGAGAGGCUGGAACAGCCACAGGAUGUGCCACUGAGGACUGGGGGUGUCCUGGAGCCCCCCAGCCUGGCCAGGAGCCCUCUGGAGAGCCCAGCUGCUGAUCCUGGUGCUGCAGAGCCACUGGUGGAGCUGGAAGCUGGGCAGACCCCGGUGGGCAGCCAGGAUCCCUGUGCUCCAGGAGCAGACCCAGCCCCUCCAGAGGAGACCUCCAGGAAUCCUGAGAUCCAGGAGCGCCUUGAGGUGGAGCCGUGCAGCCCCGGUGUCCCCAGGGCUGGCAGCACUCAGGGCUCACAUCCCCAGAGCCCAGCAGACCCUGCCAAGAGGGAACUCCUGGACUCCAGCUCCUCUGGAGAGGCAGGGGCUGAGCUCAGCCCGCAUUCCUGGGAGCAGCUGCCCCGUGGAGCUGGGGAAACUGAGGCAGAAGGCGCCCAGGAUGGGCCUCUGCAGAGCCUUCAGCCUCCUGAAAACCCUCAGCUUCCUCCAGAAUCUGCAGCAGAACCCGAGGCCCAGCCCAGCCAGGCUUCACCAGAGAGCUCCCCGGGGCCCCAGCCUGGGGCUGGUGAGACAAAUCUGGCUGUGUCUGGCCAGCAGCAGCUCUGCUCAGUGCUCCCCACACCCUGCCCGGCCGGCAUCGAUCCCCGCUCCGCCGCCGUCCUCAGGAGGAAGGCAAAGAUCGAGCUGUCGUACCAGCAGUUCAGCCUGAGCAUCGCCGUGGUGGCCACGAUGCUGCUGCAGAAGGAGCCCUCGAUGGAGGCGGCGCUGGGGCUGGCGCUCAGGGCCAACCUGCGCCAGUGCCGCCUGCACCACCUGCAGCAGCUGGAGGAGUUCAUCGACAGCCUGGACUCGGGCACCCCCGGCCUCUGAUGGCAGCCACCCCCUCCUGCCAGCGGGCUGGGGGUGAUGGGGGCUGUGACAGCGCUGUGACAGCGCUGUGGGGUGCUCAGGAGGGGGCUGAGCCUGCGGGACAAGGUGGGAGACGCUGGCAGCCCCACUGUGUCUCUUGGACAAGGAGGGUGAGUAGGGUAUGUUUGGUUUUAGCCCUGCCCAAACCCCUGAGGGCAGCAAAAGUGUUACUGGUUUUACUGGAGGGAGGGCAGCAGUCCCUC